GCAUUAGAUGGUUGACAUUUCUAACCUGGCACCGCAAAAAUCGAUGGGAUAGUUCGAGUAACUUCACCGUGUUUCAUUUGCUCCAUAAUUCGUUUUAAUCAGUGGUGAUCAUGACGCUAUUUUGGAAUGAUUGCCUCCCUUUCAGCGAGGCAUGGAGAUCAUAACUGAAUAUUGAUGAUUUACGCCAAUUUAUUGUGUAGGAUAUCACAUUGAUACGGAAAUUUACGGAAAAUUCCCAGAAUGAAAACACGACCCUGAUGGUCAUAAAACCGUUAAGCACCUUUAUCAAAUUGUAUAUUCCAUGAUUUUUCCUCUCGAUGGAUCUGAGAUGACAUUUCGAUGAUGCCCGUGGAUAAGUUGUAUAUAGUGAGCCUCUUAAUAGUACUACAUCAACUAGUGCCUCUAACCAUCCAAGAAUGCCAAACAUGUCCGGAAGAGGCGGAGUCUCAUGGAGAUUCCUGUUACUAUUUCAGUUCCACGGAAUUAUCGCGGGACGAUGCGAACGAGAAAUGUACCAAAUACGGCUUUCAUCUGGCCUACAUUCAAACUGAAGAGGAACAGGAAUUCCUUCAGGGUCGACUGAUUGAAGAACGCGUGAAAGACUGCUGGAUAGGACUAACCGUCGAUUCCAAUGGCGAUGGGAUUUGGAUGGAUGGAUCGAGCCUCACCUAUGAUAAUACAGAAGAUGGGUCCUACAACGAAAGAGUGGGAUGUUUCCGCAUGAGAAAAACACAUGGAUACAGAUGGCAUGACAACAAAUGCAAAACAGAGUACCAAUAUGUUUGCGAAAAAGAAAAUGAGUGUUCCGAGACAACAGUGGCGAUGACGACAACACCAUCUACCACAACAACACAACCAACUACAACAAAACCUACCACCACAGCAGCUAUAACAACAACACAAUUGACAACUAUGUCUACAACAACGCAGCCAACCACUACAGCUACAACAACAACACAAUCCACAACGCAGCCAACCACAACUAAACCUACUACCACAAUGGCUACAAUAACCCAAUCCACAACGCAUCAAACCACAACUAAACCUACUACCACAACAGCUACAACAACAACAACCCAAUCCACAACGGCUACAACAACAACCCAAUCCACAACGCAGCCAACCACAACUAAACAUACUACCAAAACGGCUACAACUACAACAACCCAAUCCACAACGCAUCAAACCACAACUAAACCUACUACCACAACGGCUACAACUACAACCCAAUCCACAACGCAGCCAACCACAACUAAACCUACUACUACAAUGGCUAUAACAACAACACAAUCCACAACGCAGCCAACCACAACUAAACCUACUACUACAAUGGCUAUAACAACAACACAAUCCACAACGCAGCCAACCACCACGGCGACAACAACAACACAAUCCACAACGCAGCCAACCACAACUAAACCUACUACUACAAUGGCUAUAACAACAACACAAUCCACAACGCAACCAACCACUAUGGCUACAACAACGACAAUAAAAUCCACAACGCAGCCAACCACAACUAAACCUACUACUACAAUGGCUACAACAACAACACAAUCCACAACGCAGCCAACCACAACUAAACCUACAACCGCAACAGCUACAGCAACAACAACCCAAUCCACAACGCAUCCAACCACAAUUAAGCCUACUUCCACAACAGCUACAACAACACAGUCGACCACUACUAAAGCUACAACGCAACAAUCGGCAACCACUGUGGCUACCACAACAGAAACUCACAAAGUAAAGCAAAAGUCAAACCGGUUUCGGUCGGUAGCGAGGGACUAUGCCGUGAAGAAUUCGGCCGUGAUCGAGCGAUACUCGGCGUCGUCGUUGAUACGAUGUUCGGCCCGAUGUUCAAGCACGGAAUCAUGCUCGCACUUUACGUUCAUUGCUGACAGUGGCAUUUGUUUACUUGGUAGUUUUACUCUAAAGAACGACUUUGGUUUUGAGAAACUGAAUGGAGCCAUUACAUUCGAAGCCAUCUUGUUCUGAGUUGUGCAGUACACCCCUGUCUGGAUUUAGAACAUCCAUUGCAACAUCGGUAGAAACAUUGGUACAGGCCUACAGCCAACCAUUUGUCUUUAAACAACAUAAGACCUGCAAAAACUGACCCUGAUAGAAAUAUAGCAACCCACAUGGAAACAGUGCACCCUCUUGCAUUCUUGUUUACAUUGGCCAUUUUCGAUCCGAUUUCAAUUCAAUUAAUUUAUUUCACUCUAUGAAAAUAAGAUAUAUACAAAUAAUUAAGAAAUUAUCCUACAUAAUGGCAAGAAAGAACGACAAUACAAAGUCAAGAAAAUGACAAUACAGUAAAAUAAUGUACAAAACAUUCUUCGAAUGUACACUGAAUUUAAUGGUGGGAUGGGGGCUACUGUACCCCAAAAAUAUAUUUUUCGUUAAGUCAUUGUAUUGUAAUGAUCAUAAUUUUUAUCGAAAUUCCUUUAUCAUCUUGCAAAUUUGCGUUUUACACGCCACUAAUAUCAAACAAGUGAUUAUUAAGUUAUUGCAAAAAUCAAUUGAGAAAGAGAAAUAUGAAACAAACACGAAGUGAUAUAAUUGUGACAUUAAAAGGGAAAUUGCUUAAGAAAUAAGUCACGAAACGAACCUCUUUUGUUUUUUUUGGUAAUCUAUUAUUAUGACUUCCCUUUGAUUUUUCUUUAAUCAUAAGUUUCGUAAAUUUUCUAAGACACUCUAUAUUCAGUACUCCUUCAACUUCAAAAUAUCCCCAAUAUUUAUGGCAUUUAGCUAAUGGCCUAAAACUCGUCUGCACACACUACGGUAUGUAUCUAUAGGUACAAUAUAUGGGCAAUUGAGUGGUUUUAAAAGGGGGCUGAGCUGAAAUGAAGUUGCAUACGGAAGAUAAAAAAAAUUAAAGGGGAGGUUCACCCUGACAAAAAGUUUAUUGUAACAAUAGCAGAAAAAAAUAUUGGCGACGGUGUGAGGAAAAUCCAUCACAGCAUAAAGAAGUUAUUAGAAUAUUCAUUAUUUGAUUUGUGACGUCAUAUGCGAGCAGCUACCCUACAUAUCGUAUGGUAAAAAAUCAAUGAAAUGUCAUUUUCUCAGAAAAUUUAUAAUAGUUUUUACUGUACCUUAGGUAUAUUAAUAGAAAAAUUAUUUGAUAUCGGUUCCUAAAAAGAAAACAAGUAUAAGUCAUUACGAAUCAUCAUAACAUAAAAAAGUUAUUUAUUUCAUAUUAUAUAACAUAUGGGGCAGCUGCUCGUUCAUGACGUCACAAAUUUCUUAAUCUUUAAAAUGGAUUUUUCUCAAACCUUCAUCUAUAUUUUCAUUGUUUCUGCUAUUUUUACAACAAACUUUUCUUCAGGUUGAACUUCCGCUUUAACCUAUUUUUUUUUCAGUCUUACAUGUCGUACGCGAGCAUGCACGAUCGAAGUAUAAUAAGCUGGAGUUUGCUGUAGCUAUUAUGUUAGACGGGUUAGACGCCACCAAGCGACACAGUCAUUAUUAUGCAAUCCAUCUUCCAUAGUAGGUCAUUUCUGAAUACAUUUACCGUUAUAUGUGAUUUUUUUAAUGUCAGGCUGUAUGUGUUAGGAUGGGACGUAUGUACAUAAUCAAUUUUAUUUAAAAGCCGACAGUAUGACAUUCGUCCUCGAUUCCAUCAUUCCUAUCAUUUUAAUAUCUAUGGAUUAUCUCAUAAUGCGCAUAACCUUGUAAUCCCAUGACGUUAGAGUCGGAUAUUACUAGUAUUAGAUUCUCUCAAAAAUCAGUAAUUGAUGGAGGCACGGUGACGUCAUGAUAGAACAAUGGUUUCGAAUUCAAUUCAAGUUCAACAUCAUCUCUAUCAUUGAGGAUUUCGACAUCACCAGACUCGUUGCUGAUCCGAGGCACUUGGAUAGGAAUCAAAGCCGUCGGUUCUCUGGGUGCUGCCUGCGUGCAGACAUAUUUUGCUUUCCAUGAACGAUUCAAACAACAUAUAAUCCAGUUCAGUGGCAGAUGCAAAGUUUGCUAAAGAAA